AUGCAUGGCUCCUUGAGUGUCAAUAGCUCCAAGUCUAGCCCUGUUUUCCCUAAAAUCCAAAUUUUUGAUCUCUCAAGUAAUUAUUUUUCUGGACCCCUACCAGUGAGAUACAUCAACAGCUUCAAGGCUAUCAUAAAUCUAGAGAAGAUUGGGAGUGCAGAGUCGUACAUGGGGGUGUAUGAUUACAGGAGUGCCUUCUAUACCUAUUCCAUUGCAAUUGUUAUGAAAGGACAAGAUAUGGAAUUGGUGAAAAUUUUCACCAUGUGGAUGAUCAUUGAUCUAUCAAACAAUCAGUUUGAAGGGGAGAUUCCAAAGGUUAUUGGGAAGCUUAACUUAUUGAAAGGGCUCAACCUUUCUCAUAAUAACCUUAAUGGUGGUAUCCCCACCUCAAUAGGGAAUUUGACAAAUCUUGAAUGGUUGGACCUAUCUUCAAACAGGUUGUCUGGGACGAUUCCAAAUAGAUUGGCAGAUCUGCCAUUUCUUUCAUCCUUAAAUGUUUCAGGAAAUCAACUCCAUGGUCAGAUUCCUCAAGGCAAACAAUUCAACACAUUUGGAAAUGAUUCAUAUGAAGGAAAUAAGGGACUAUGUGGGUUUCCGGUCUCGAAAGGUUGCAGCAUCAUUGAGCCAGCACCUCCAAAUGUGCUUGAAAAAGAUGGCUCAAAAUCAAACAUUGCUUUUGGUUGGAAAGUGGUGUUGAUAGGUUAUGGAUGCGGAGUAGUGCUCGGAAUGUCCGUGGGAUAUGUUGUUUUCAAAACUGGUAGGCCGAAAUGGUUGGUGAAUUUGGUUGAAAACCAACAUGAGAAGAGGCAAAGAAGAAAGUCAAAGAAUGUGAUAUUGGCAGAUCCGGUAUUUCUUUCCUUCUUAAACGUUUCUGAAAAUCAACUCCAUAGUCAGAUUCCUCAAGGCAAACAAUUCAACACAUUUGGAAACCAUCCAUAUGAAGGAAACAAGGGACUAUGUGGAUUCCCAGUCUCCAAAGGUUGCAGCAUCAAUGAUACACCACCUCCAAAUGUGCUGGAACAGGAUGGCUCAAAUGCAAACAUUGCUUUCGGUUGGAAAGUGGUGUUGAUAGGUUAUGGAUGUGGGGUAGUGUUUGGAAUGGCCAUGGGAUAUGUUGUUUUCCAAACCGGAUCUCACUCCUGCUCUCACCACGAAGCUGCUUCACUAAUCCAGUUCAAGAAUUCCUUUUCCAUCACUCAGACAGACUAUGCUGCUUUCUAUUGCGAUGAUUUUGCUGGCCCUACAUCUUAUCCCAAGACAAAUUCGUGGGAGGAGGGUACAGAUUGCUGCUCAUGGGAUGGGGUCACUUGUGACCACCUAAAUGGUCAUGUUAUUGCCCUUGACUUGAGUUGUAGUUGGCUAUAUGGCAACUUCCCUUCCAAUAGCAGUCUCUUCCUUCUUCCUCACCUUGAGAAGCUCAACCUUGCUUUUAAUGAUUUCAAUGAUUCCAAUAUGCCCUCUGAGUUUGGUCGGUUUACAAGUCUAUCCUUCCUCAACCUUUCUGGUACAAGGUUUGUAGGGGAAGUCCCAUCCCAAGUCUCCCACCUAUCAAAAUUGGUUUCACUUGAUCUCUCUUUGAAUUUUGCCCAAACAUUUGACAAACACGCUCUGCAGGGACUUGUUCACAACCUAACCGAGGUCAGACAUAUUUUCUUGGAUAAUAUUGACAUGUCUUCUAUUAAUCCUCAUGUCUUCAUGAAUCUAUCCUCUUCUCUAAGGUCUCUCAGUCUUGCUUAUUGUGGUUUGCAAGGAAAAUUCCCAAAAAACUUUUUUGAUUUGCCAAACCUUAAUCUCCUCAACUUGGGAGGCAACCAAAACCUCAAUCUUGAUCCUUUGAAGUUCAACCGGAGCAGCAAUCUUGAACAUUUGGAUCUAUCGUGGAUGUCCUUCUCUACAGAAUUCAUUGAUUCAGUUGAUAAUCUACAGGCCUUAAAGUACUUAGAUCUAUCAGGAAAUUCUUUCUUUCAAGGAUUGUCUGUCUCAAUCACAAACUUAUCAUCUUUGGAGCAAUUGAUAAUUUUAGAGGCAAAUAUUUGUGGAGGAUUGCCUGACUCGAUAGGGAAUCUUGAGUCCUUGAAGUUUUUACAACUCUCCGGUUCCAACUUAUCUGGACAAAUUCAAUUGUCAAUUCUAAACUUAACCUAG